CUUCCGAGCUACCUGCUACCGUUCCGAGCGCAGAGUUUCUCUCUCGUCCAGUUAGUACGCAACUGCAGCGAAAGAUGGGAGAGGCAGAUGUGAUGCUCAGCCAGUCCGACGAGAAGCCUCCGGACACGGCUGUGGUUCCAGGGGAGGACUCGGUGGUCUGGAGCCACGAAGUGGAGGUCUGUCUGUUUCACGCGAUGAUCGGACACAAGCCCGUCGGAGUCAACCGUCAUUUCCACAUGAUCUGCAUCAGAGACAAGUUCAGUCAAAACAUCGGGCGCCAGGUCUCCUCCUCCGUCAUUUGGGACCAUCUGGGAACCAUGUACGACAUGCAGGCGCUGCAUGAGUCAGAAAUUCUUCCGUUCCCAAACAACGAGAAAAGCUUCUUCUUGCCUGAUGACAUCAUUCAGGAGGUGAAAGAAGGGAAGGUGGGGUCUGAGGAUGACACCAAAGAGGAGUUCAAGAUGGAGAGGGAACCUCCUGCAACACAAGAAGAAGGCAGCAACUCAUCCGUGAAGAUGUCUGAGCGAAUCAGCAACAGCCGUGAGAAGGAGAGAGAGAGGGAACGUGAGAAGGAGAAAGGGGGAAGCGAGGGAGGCGCGGCGGCCGGAGGCGGCGCCAAGGAGGCCGAGAAGAGAAAGAGGAGUCGAGCUGCUGAUAAGCUACUGUCAUCCUCCAACCCUGCAAGUCCUGGAGGAGCCAAAAGGAGGCGCACCUGAGCCUAAAGGAAGACACUCCCAUCAAAAGAGGUGCCUCUGGAAUCAAAUCCUCAUCCGUGACUCAAGUCUGAUUUGCUGCGCCAGAUGCAGAGCGUCACCGUGGCGACAGCCAGCCACUGCUGCAAAACCAGAUCCAAGAGCCUUGAAUGUCGUUCAUGUCGUGUGUGUAACCAUCAUGUACCCUGUAGCGUUCAGUGGCCUCCACUGUUGCUUAGUUCCAAGAGUGAAGCCACAAAUGAAGUUUACAUUUUAAUUUUGUUUCCUGGUGUUUUAAUGUUUUCGGAACAGUUUGAGUGAAACUGGGGUUUUAUUUGGUGCGUUUGAAUCGAAACAGCUUUUGAGUCAGAAUGGCUUCUAAAUUUAACUCAUCAUGUGAUGUUUUUAUUUAUUUUAAAUAGAACAGAAAAUGAAACCUGCUGAUCUUUUUGUGGAGUGUAUUUAGCUUGUCCAGUUCAAAUCGGCUUCCGCUGUGCAUGUUGUAAUCAAACUUUCUACCUCCGACUAUAUCAACCUUCCAAUAAAGAGGCGCAAGUUUAAGCUUCUGUUAGAAAGUCCAACCAUUUUGUAUAAUUUAAAGUGAUUUUUUUUUUUUCUUUUUUUUGUCUGUCGCAUUUUAAUUCUGUGUUUUUUAAGACCUUCCCACAGCUGAUAAAACUCCUCGUCUCCUGGUGUUAAAGCUUAAAAGCCUGUGUCAAAGCAAAGUCUCUCCAUCUUGUCGAAUGAUGAAUUGCAAUAAACUUGAAGCCUUUUCUGCA